UUCUCCUCCUUCUCCCGGUGGCUCAGUCAGUCAGUCAUUGAGAUUCACUCCGAGCUGAUUUUCACUGGAGUGGAAAGGAUAUACGACCAUUGUUAAGACAUCAUGGGUAUUAAAUUCUUGGAGGUAAUAAAGCCGUUCUGUGCGGUGCUACCAGAGAUCCAGAAACCUGAAAGAAAGAUCCAGUUCAGAGAAAAGGUGCUAUGGACGGCAAUUACUCUCUUCAUCUUUCUUGUGUGUUGCCAGAUUCCUCUUUUUGGCAUAAUGUCAUCAGAUUCUGCAGAUCCAUUCUACUGGAUGAGAGUCAUCCUGGCUUCAAAUAGAGGUACUCUGAUGGAGCUGGGUAUCUCACCUAUUGUCACCUCAGGCCUGAUAAUGCAGCUGCUGGCUGGAGCUAAGAUCAUUGAAGUUGGAGACUCUCCAAAGGAUAGAGCGCUCUUUAACGGAGCUCAGAAAUUGUUUGGGAUGAUCAUCACUAUCGGUCAGGCCAUUGUUUAUGUGAUGACUGGCAUGUAUGGAGAUCCAUCAGAGAUGGGUGCAGGGAUCUGUUUGCUCAUCAUCAUUCAGCUGUUUGUAGCCGGUCUGAUUGUGCUGCUCCUGGAUGAAUUGCUCCAAAAGGGCUAUGGUCUCGGUUCAGGAAUCUCCCUGUUCAUUGCCACCAACAUCUGUGAGACCAUCGUGUGGAAAGCCUUCAGUCCCACCACUGUGAACACAGGAAGAGGAACAGAAUUUGAGGGAGCAGUCAUCGCUCUUUUUCACCUCAUCGCCACAAGGACUGACAAAGUGCGUGCUCUCAGAGAGGCCUUCUACAGGCAGAACCUCCCCAACCUCAUGAACCUCAUCGCUACAGUGUUCGUCUUUGCUGUAGUUAUAUACUUUCAGGGAUUCAGAGUGGAUCUGCCCAUCAAAUCUGCUCGCUACCGUGGCCAAUAUAACACAUACCCCAUCAAGCUUUUCUACACCUCCAACAUUCCCAUCAUCCUGCAGUCUGCUUUGGUCUCCAACCUGUAUGUUAUCUCCCAGAUGCUUUCCACACGCUUCAGUGGGAAUUUCCUAGUGAAUCUGCUUGGAACGUGGUCUGAUGCAACGUCAGGAGGUCCAGCCCGUGCCUAUCCUGUCGCAGGACUUUGCUACUACCUCUCCCCACCAGAGUCUUUUGGUUCUGUUCUAGAUGACCCAGUCCAUGCACUAAUUUACAUCUUUUUCAUGCUCGGCUCUUGUGCCUUUUUCUCCAAAACUUGGAUUGAAGUUUCAGGCUCUUCUGCCAAAGAUGUAGCGAAGCAGCUGAAGGAGCAGCAGAUGGUGAUGAGAGGACACAGAGAAACCUCAAUGGUUCAUGAACUGAACAGGUACAUUCCAACCGCUGCUGCCUUUGGUGGACUUUGCAUCGGCGGUUUAUCGGUGAUGGCGGACUUCCUCGGUGCCAUCGGUUCUGGCACCGGUAUCUUACUGGCUGUCACCAUCAUUUAUCAGUACUUUGAAAUCUUUGUGAAAGAACAGAGUGAAGUAGGCAGCAUGUCGGCCAUGUUCUUCUAAAAAAAAAAAAAGAAAAGAAGCUGUGAUCCUGCCAUCUCCUGCCAGCUUUUAUUGAGUUUUGUCUGUAUUUCAUUUUGUUCUUUUUUACAUCCAUGAACUGUAUCUGCUCGGCUAAAGACAUUUGAGGAACCUUCAGGAGUCCCAGCUGAAAUGGGACGCUGUGGGAAGUGAACGCCAUGCUGACUUUCAUAUCAUUUACUCAGAAAUCCCAAAGGGGACAAAGAGAACACCACUUCAGCUGGAUAUCAUCACAACUCCACAUUCAAACCAAGAUUUUCUGAGUAGCUUCUGGCAGUGAUAUUUUAUUUUUUGCAUGUUUUCCCCCACACUGAGGAUUUAGUGCUUCAGUAUGCAGGCAUACUUAACUAGGAAGUGGCUGCCAGCUGCCUGGGUGCUUAAUGAUAUGUCUUUGGUUAAACUUUUACUCUCAGCUUAGUAAUUUCUCUGCUGAUCAGGUUAGGGUGUGGACCAGAAGCUGGCCUGUCAAGUGCUGAUUCAAAUACUGUAAAUGUUCCUUUGUGUAACCUUGAAUAGGAGCUGAGGCCUCAGAGCUCACAUUGGGCUUCAGCCUCAGGCGGGGUGCUCUGAACACUCAUCCAUUAAGUGUUGGUUCUUGUUCUUUUAAUGUGUGGCAUUCCCAGGGAUCUGCAGUAUUAACUCACACCUCAUCAACAUUCCUGUUGGCCACAUCUGGGGGAUUCUUCUUUUGUUUUUAAAAUGUUCCCUCUUCUCAUAGCUUUUUUUUUCAGACAAACUUAUUAUGUUUCUGUAUAUAGACCACACAUUGAAUAAUGUUGACUCUGUCUUAAGAGUAAAAUAAAGUCUUUGAAUAUGUAAAGGAAAAAAAAACAUUUCAGAACAAACUUGUUUUAAAAAACAUUCUGAAUAAAAGAGACUUUUGUGAAAAAAGUAUUUUUCAAUAAC